AUAAUACAAAGCCUUCAAAACUUCUUUCAAGUUUCGAAAGCAAAGCCACUUAAUACUUUAUCUUGCAGGCUCCAUUCAAACGCCCGAGAUUGACAUUGCUCGUCUACCUUGAAUCAUGAUCCUAGGAGACUUUUCUGCUUGUAUAGUCAUUGAUGACCAGGAGCUCCCAGAGUAUGAUGUCGCCGUUUCCAGUACACCAACAGAGAACAGAAUAACGUGCUGGAUCGCGUCAACUGCAGGCAAGAAAUUUGGCGUCAGAGCGAAAUUUUCAUCCCCGCAGACCUUAGGGAGCUUGAUAAUCGUCUCUGUUGACGGUAUCAAGUGUUGUACAUAUAUCGCGCCUCCAGGCUGGAUCGGUACGCAUGAAGUAACACAUCUGACCAAUGGUCAUGUCAGAAGGGAAUUCAUAUUCUCUCAUCUUGAACUUACUGAUGAUGACUCAAUGCUUGAUAAUCGAAGCGCAGAUAGCAUAGGUCAAGUUGUUAUGGAGGUAGUGCAGGGGAGGUACACCAUGAAUAACCGAGUAGCGGGUUCCCAGAAUGUGAAUAAUCAUACCCUUCAUGUACGGGAAGGCAAGGUGCAUGAACGCGCGAAGAAGGCAUGCCCACAUCGUGUUGCCUUUGGAGAAGAAGUACCUAAUCCAGACCUGUUAUCAGCCUUCACUGUCAUACGAGACAACAGUCCGAAGACUGUCUUCGUAUUCAAGUACACGCGCUUGGACAUCCUGCAGGCAAUGGGAGUAGCACCACAUCCACCAAUCAUAGCAGAGACAGAGACAGGGGAUCAUAACGAUGAAAUUGAAGUCAUUGAAGUUAUGGAUGGGCCUAAUGAUUCCUUGCCCCCAGAUGAUGUCAAGCCACUGGCAAGGAUUCGAGAGCUAGAGACGGAGCUCCAGCGCUUGCGUGCACAAGUAGAGGAUCGAAAGCCUUCACGUGUCAAGUUGGAACACGGCGGAUCACGACGGAAAAACGCCGUUAUGGAGGUCAUUGAUCUCACUGAGGAUUAGCUUUUGUCUUUUCCUGGGUUCAGGCUUAUAUCCCGCCGCUCCGAGGAUGGUGCACGCCAUAUAAAUGCUUCCCACACCUUAUUCUAUAAUCACUCUAACAAUAUUCCAAUUCGUAUAUAAGCUUCAUAUAAUCAUAGCUCAUCUCGAGGUUUCAUAA